AAACGAAAGUAGAUAACUUUAUUUUCGGAAAACCCAGAUAGCUAUAAUCGUGAGCGGGUUAUUGUUUUAUCUUUGAUAUUAUGGAUAGUUUAUUGAUGUUUACUUGUUUAAACUGAAACCUAACAUCUUAUGAAUAAAGGCACUGCAUAGCACCGCGGACUUCGGGAUAAAUAAGAGACUGUGCCUGAAGAGCUGUGCCUGGUGGUGGACAGGUUAUUUCCAUUUUCUAACAGAUUAUGGCACUUGAAUCUGUGCCACAAAAAAGUUUGAGAAAAUAACAAGAAAUGUCGUCCAAAAUACUGCGUGAAUUAUACAGGCGUGAUCCGACUGGGAACAGGGCUGUUGUGGUUCAGAACUUAAAGGAAAAUGUGCGGAAGGACAAUUUACAGAACUACCUUGAGGUGAUAUGUUCAGAAGAACUGACGGACAUAUACUUCCCCGUAGAAGGAGCUGGUGUUGCUAUUGCCGUAUUUGAAAAAGAUGUGGAAGAGAUUGACCAGUGGCAGGAGAAAGCCUCAAAGAGGAGGUUUGAAGGAUCAUCCCUUAACCUGCAACUACUGUGUGAGCCAGUUGGUAUUUUUAUAGCAGAUAUACCUGGGCAAAUAAGUGAGGAAUAUCUAAGCCUUUACUUCGAAAGUAAAAGAUCCGGAGGGGAAGAAGACACGGUCCAAAAUGUACAAAUUGUUGAUGCUGGCUCUGCCAAACACGCUAUUAUUGAAAUAUCGAGUGACACAGCCAUAAAGUCAGUACUAUUCAAACAGACACAUCAGCUGAGAAACAAUGCUGUCAUAAUAGAACCUUACUAUCGUUCUGUGCACAGACAUUUCACGGAAACUUUAAAACCAAGACAAGGAUGCAAAGAAACUGGUAUGUCUGCUGUACCACAAAGGGAUAUUAUGUAUGAACAAACCACUCCUCUUGCAACUGUAUCUCCAAGACAACAGCAAUUGAAGCCUUUGAGAGUAAGUUCCCCUAUGCAAGAAAAUGAAGAAUCGUCAGCGAUAACUCAUGCCAGAGCAUUUGAGCACAUGUCACAAAGUCCGAAUUCUGUAAGCACAGAACAGACAAACUAUGACAGUAACCCCAUACAUGAGCGUAUUAAACUCAAAUCGGCAGGGCAUGAAACGUCAGACAACGACUUCAAACUAAAAAUAAUUUCUGAUGACACUGCGGACCAAGAAGUUGAAACACCUAUCAACAGGCCUGAUCGUGUUGCAUUACCAAAUCCACAGGAAUAUGAUACUCGACGAUCUACUGCUUGGCAUGAUCAAGAUAAAGACAGAAAUUAUGGAGUCAGCAAUGUCCAAACUCCAAAUGUAGCUGCUGUGAAGCCGGUUGUAAGAAACGUUCAAAGACAGGUGUCAAAUGACAGCGAGGAUGGCAGUUCUCGUGCUAAAAACGGAAGGCGAAAACGUACUUCAAAGGUUAAUGAAAAACAAAGGUCUUUGUGUUGUGAAGCAGAAAUCCGAUUAUCCCCUGUAAAGAUCAUCAUGUUGAUUAUCUUUAGAUUUCAGAAGAAAACACAGACAGACACUUUAAAAGUAAUUUUUAAAGAAAAAGAAGGUAAAUUGAUUCUAAACGGUAGCUCGGAUGAAGAUAUAACGGAUGCAAAGUUGAAAGUGCACGAAUGUGUAGAGCAAAUUGUCUGUUGUACGGAAUCUCUUUCCCGUAUGAAGUGUAUGUUUUUAUCACGGCAAGCCUGUCGCGACUGCCUUAGAGCAAGAUGUAUCAAACAAAAAGUCAGGGCUGCAUUUGAAGUUGAUGAGUCGAAGAGUAUACUUAAAUCACAUGCGUUUUCUGUAGAAGAUGCAGAGAAAGGCUUACAGCUUGUGAAGGAUGAAAUAUUUGUGUCAAGGAUUCAAUUACGACCAGGACAAGAGCAGUUUCUAAAUGACGAAGACUGGAAUAGAAUGAUUGAGGUACUAGAUAGCGGCUUAACAACGAUAUAUCUAGAUGAAUCGGCAAAUAAAAUGGUCUUAAUUGAAAGUUUUGUCGACACAAAAGCAAAAGAUGCCAACAGAAAAAUCAUUGAAUACUUGAAACAACAUGUGCCGAAGAAGACCGGCGAAGUUGUCUUAGAAGAGGCGAAGGCAAAAUGCUUCAAGUCAUGUUUUGAGGAGAAACUUAGACGAAAUGUUGAGAAAAGACACGGCCAAUUUGAAGUUAAAGAGCAAAGUAGAACGCCGCUAAAAAUACGGAUAUGUGUAGAAGGAGAAGAGUCACUCACUGAAGAAUUGACCAGAAUGGUGAACCAAAUUUGGCACGAGAAAAUUGAUUUCAGUAGAAUAUCAGACAAAGCUAUAGAUAAGUGGCUGAUGAUGAAAGGACUCGACAGUUCAUUGGGAACAGAUUUCCUCAAAAACUUCGAAAAACACCACAAUUGCUUUAUACAAGUUUCUAAAGAUGGGGACUUCAAAAUCCCAAAACCUAAGAUACAAAUAGAGGAUGCUGGAGGCGACGAUCUUCAUAGACAAGCAAGUGAUACACGCUCAACAUCAGAUUCUGAGUUUGAGGUUCUCCAUAAUGACUUUGAGCAAGAAUCUGAACAGAUUGAAGCACGGUUUUAUGAAAGACGAAAAUAUGAAAAACAAAAGGAAAGAGGAAUCCUCUAUCAAGGCGGCAUGGACUAUGAUGAAGCGUUGGCACAAGCUAUUCAGAAUUCAACCGAAAACCUAGAUUUUUUACCCCGCCUUGAAAUGACUGACGACGAUGACGAUGAUGAAAGGUCGGGUUUACGAUUCGCACACAGGCAACAAAGUGAAGGCGACAUAGACGAGAGACGGUAUUUGGAAAGAAGAGCGCCACACAGAAAUCUACGAAAGUCUGCUUCCUCUCCUGUAUUCAAGAAUCAGUUUUCAGUUACCAAAACCGAAAGUAUCCAGAUGUUGCAAACAACAGUUACACUUAUUCAGGGUGAAAUUGUAAGCCAGCGGGCUGAUGUACUUGUCAAUAUUGUGUCACCAAAUCACAGUUUAACAGAAAGUGUUGUUUCUAAAGCUUUUGUGAAAAGGGCAGGUCCACAGAUUAUUCAGAUGUACGAUGAUGCAAGAAGUUUCUCUAAUGGUACUGUUGUGAAAACAGACUCCUGCGGUCGUCGUCUUCAUUGUUCAUCGGUUUUUCAUGUUACUCUUCAAAAAGGAGAGAAGUACUGCCAGAAGAUGAUCAAUGAAGUUAUAUCGGAGGUUUUUGAAGAAUGUGAAAAUGAUGGUUAUACUAGCGUGGCCUUUCCACCACUCGGAGUUGGAAGGAUGUACAAAUAUCCACCGGAAAUUGUUGCUGAGAGAAUGCUAGCAGAAAUAUGCAUACUGCUUCAAAACGGAACAUACAGAAUAAAUCAAGUUACUGUUGUCGUCUACGAUGAUGCUACCUAUGCGGUUUUUGAGAAGGCAUUCCAGUCAUUUGAUGAACGUUUGGUAAACAGAUACUCGGCUGUGCCAGUUCGCCAGUACUUCAAUCAAAAUCCGUUUCCGAUACCAGCAGUACAGAAUCAGUAUCAACCACAUAUAGCCCAGAAUUCAAAUCGACUUGCUCAGCAACAAAUGCUACGUCAAAAAAUGCUACAACAGGUAUCACCAAAUGCUGCACGGCUAAUGCCAGCUGCAUUUGCUCAAAGAAGUAAGCCGCAACCAAGUUUGUCCUCUGUCAAUACAGGUGGAGUAAGUAGGCAGGCUCCAGACUCACGAUUUGAUCAGUUGAAACAACAAAGGAGACUACGUGACAGAGUCCAAACAGCGUCAAAAGUACCCAGAUCAGCAAUACGUCAACACUCAUCAGACCGGAAGCCAGAUAGAAUGUCAAGUGGAAGGUCACGUGUCAUAUCGGAGAGAGAUCACCGCCAUGGAAAUUAUAGAAUGGAACAAGGUACAACUGAUAUUACUUACAGACAUGGCGAGCGUCCAAAGACAAAACAAACUCCCCGAACUCCCCGCUCCCGUUUUCCAGAAAAGAAACCAGCACCUAAUCUUACAGUAGUGGUUGUGGCAGAAAAGAAAGAACUAUGCGUGGUAGCACGGAAUCAGCUAGGGAAAAGCAUACAUGCAGAAUUCCUGCACGAGGACAGCAUUGAUAAGAGGCAGAAGAUAUCUGAAGAGGCUAAACGCAAAAUUGUGUCGAUAAUUGACAAACAUAAUAUCGAGUCAAUUAAAGAAAAGCAAAAGUAUAUUUUACGAGGUCAUAAAGAAAGCGUUGCCAGAGCUCGUAUGGGCAUAUUAGAAGUUCUGUUAGAAGAAAGGGACAACACAGACAAAAGAAGGAAACGUAAAGAAAAUGCUAAAAAGGGAACAAAAGAAUUUGUUCAGUACAUGGUAGAGGAAGAACCUGAAAUUCCUUCAUACUGGUCAAAAUACAAACCAGAUGUAACACUAAAAUCUAUAUUGACUAAGGUUAAGCAUGCUUUCACCAAACAAAAUUAUGAAAAAGUUCCGCUUGACAGUAAUGGUGAUGCAUUCAAAACCAUUGUAAGAAUGGUAGCUUCGACAUUUGACAGCAGUAAAGUAGGACAAGGGCAGGAUGCCGCAGGUCUCAAUGCUUACUCACAGUUAUAUGUAGUGAAGAUACAGAGAAUAGAGAAUCUUGAGUUGUAUGACAAAUUUACUUCAGCCAGACAGAAAGUGUUUUUACAGUUGUUAAAAUCUGGAGACGUCAAGUUUCCAAAGGUUGAGCAACUUCCUAAUUGCACUGGUGGUCCAAUCCAGUCCAGUCAGUUUGUGAAUGCAUCCUUGAAUAAGGAUUUGCAUACGGAAAUAAAUGAAGUUCUGUUGUUUCAUGGGACCAAAGAUGAAAAUAUUGGAACAAUUUGCACCAGUGGUCUCGAUCAACGACUAGGAAGCGGUAAAGCUAUGUUUGGUCCUGGAAUUUAUGGGGCUGAGUGCUCGACAAAAGCAGACCAGUACGCAGAUGACAAGACAGCUAGGACAGUUGGUCAAGGCAUUUCGAAGAAAAUGUUCCUGAUACGGAUGGUUCUAGGCAAUUCGUACUUGUGCAGUGAUCAGAAUCCACACAAAUAUCGACGACCACCGUGCACGUCGUGUUACAAGGAUGAUUGCAAGGAUACCAAACAUGCUAGACAUAAGUAUGGCCACAUGUUUGAUUCGGUUGUUGGAGAUAAUGGGAAGCUGUUCAGGGAAUUUGUGGUGUAUGACAGUGCUUUGUGCUACCCUGAAUAUCUCAUUACGUAUGAAAGACGUUGAUAAGUGCUCCUGCCUCAUGACUACCCGUUAUACAUGCGUACUAUAUAAGAUUGUUUUGACAAAAGCAAACAGCUGAGGCAGUCAAUAAUUGAAGAAAAUGAUAUCGUUAUUAAUCUCUGUUGCUGGUAGAUUGUGUAAGCACUAGAUUAUUCUAGAUUGGUACUGGGAAAGAAUCAUUUAAUCUGAUAUUUAAGUGAAUGAUAAAGUAUUAAAUUUACUUGACACCAGUAAGAAACCUAUUAUUGUCUGAUAUUCUCAACUGCACAAAACUAAACAAAGCUCCUUGUCAUUUGUUUUAACCAUAUUUUCAAAACAAACUGGUUAAUGAAUUGGCGAAUGUCGUAGAAUGUGCAAGUGUGCGAGCGGUUGACUGCAGCUUUUGGUUUCCGUUAAGUAACUUCAGCUAGGAGAGACAGAUGGCAAUGAAACUUGAUAUUUAUGUAGCUUGCAUAGAUUCUGAUUUUGGGACCGCAUAUGAGGUAACAGGGGUUAAGGUCCCGGUCACUGUUACCAAAAAUAGGAAAAACGGUUUCCACUCAAUUACUUCAGUUUGUAUUAAUGUAUUAAUAAAUGAACCUGAUCUUUAGGUAGCUUUUAGGAAAAACCAAUGUUGAGAAUGUGUACGGGGUCACGUUUUUCAAGUUCAUAUCAGCAUAACAUGAUUAAUGUACAUAAACUAUCUACCAUGGCGAUGUGGUCUAGAGCACUGGUCGGCUUUACAUUUUGUAAAGUUGAACAGAUAUGUUGUGUCAUGCCUUUUCUUUUUUUAAUGCCGUAUGGCCAAGGUCAACGUUUCAGUUACUAAAAAUAGAAAGCUUAAUUCCUCUGUGAACAUCAGAAUAGGUUUUCGGUUGAUAUCUUUAGAAAGUGAUGACUUACUGUUACCAACCUUGGUGUAUAGUAAGCUUAAAUGACAAAAUGGCUUUGGAUUGUAUUUGGGUUAACUGUUAGUAAAAGUAGAAAAAUGGUUUCAACUCCGUACUUUCAGUUUAGGAUACACCUAUUGUCACCAAACUCGGUGUGCAGAUAACUUUUAUCAAAGAAAAAUAUAACUUUAGUUAGGAAUAAGAUGAUUAAUCUAUAUACUUUGAAAGUUCCGCCCUUGCGCAGGGGCUGAAGUAUUGGUCUGUUCAUCUUUUAUAAUGUUGAAUGCGGUUCAAAUUCUGGUCCGGACCUUACUUCUCUUCCCUCAUUUUUGAACUAGAACAAGAGUCAUUCAAAUGUCUCAUGGUUAAGUAUAAAAAAAGUUUCCACUCAGUUACUUGAGUUGAGUUAGCGGCGACCAAUUGUAGUGAUAAUUGGUAUGUAGGUAGCUGACAUGGAGACAAUGUUGGCGAUUGAAAAAAUUGUCACUAGGGUCAAGGUCAAUGUCAUCAGUACAAAAAUAGAAAACAGAGUUAAUAUAAACUAAUGAUUUGAAUCAGGAUUGAUUUCUGGGUGCAGUCAAAUAUGUAAAAUAGAAAAUUAGUAAUACCCUUUUUGCAACGGAAUAUGAAUAUUGGAUGGUGCAAAGUUUGAAAAUCUGAUUUUCGUGGCAUUUUCAAGUUUCUUGUUUUACAUACAUAAUAAUAUUAUUUGUAUAUAAAUGUAUGAAAUGAAAUGUUUAAAUAUCGCCUUACACGUAUGUUUGACGCCAUAUAACCUAUACUGUGUUGGUGCGCCGUAAAACCCAAAUAAAUAAAUAAAUAAAUUACACGUAUAUCAUAUACUAGUAUGUAAAACGUUAUUUUUAACGUGGCUACUCGGCCGGUAAGGAGGAGUUCUAAAUAAACAUGUUAGAUCAUUACGAUCAGAUGUUUGCUCGAAUAUCAAUAUUACUCAAAAUAAAUAAAAGAUGUCCAAGUAUUUAAAAGUCCAGAUAUAAAUCUGUUUUGCUUAAUACAUAUUUGAGGGCUCGAAUAUGGCUCAAAUUAAUGUCCUGUGAAUAUCCUUUUACCAAUGUGCCUGUUAAAGCGUGGACGUAUGUCUGCAGAAUGGUUUCGAGAUAUUUUGAUUAUUAUGAAAGAUUCCUAUAAAUCAAUGGUCAAUAGCUUGUGUUAUUAUAUGUCAGUAUGAAUGUUUUAAUUUGAUUGAAUAAAAACUGAACGAAAGCGAA